AUGAGACAUUUCCGAUAUGAAGGCGCAACAGGACGCUGGCCACAACGCUUCUCUGCAGAACACAGUUCCUCAUCGUCAAAUCAACUCCGCGAGUACCUACACUUGACACCACUUACUCACCGACAUGGACACCGCUCGGAGACAUAGGCUGACGCAUCUGGCGGACCAUGAGGACGACGAGCACGCCGGGCAGCGGGGUUACAUAAGGGCCACCGACUUUGCGCUGCCCUACGUCUCGCGCGACCUCCUCCGCCAUGUCAACUGCGGCUACCUUUCGACUUGCGGGGUGCCACCCACCUUGUUGGCCCUCAAGCAACGCGCCCAAUCGCUUUGGCUUGGGAAGUACGAACUCAACGACGCCUUCGACUUUCUCGACGACCUGACGGUCCCCUACACCAAUGACGACCUUAGCCACCACAAGCCCCUGGUGGCGCUGGUCAACGAGGCCCGCGGCCGGCACGAAGCCCUCGGCACGACGUACCACUGCUCCCUCGCCGAGCACAAGCCCCGCGAAAAGGGCGAGAAGCAAAAGCUCUACGCCAACCACCACAACCUCAUCAUGCACGCCAACGCCUGUUUGGAGCGCCUCGACCACGAGUUCAGCAGCACCGGCGGCCUGAUGAGCCUGCUCCCCGCCCCAACGCCGACUCCCCCAAUCCUGACCACCACCACCACCACUAGCACCACCACCACUAGCACCACCACCCCCCAAAACGAACCAAACGCCAACUCAGACCUCGACAACGCGCGCAACAGCCUCCUCGGCCAAUGGCUGCACUUCACGCAGUCCCUCGUGGCCCGCAUGCACCACCUGGAGCACGCCUACGGCAACGCGCUUGACGCGCUCGCCGGCGAGGCGGCCGUGCCACACCAGCACCUCUCCUCGCUCGGCCCGGACGCCCGGUCGACGGGGCGCGAGAUCUCCUUCCCGCAGGACCGCUGGGUGCUGGUCAACGCCGGGGACGAUGUCUUCUCGUACGUGCACCAGGUCCUGGACAAGCAGGAGGCGGUCGUGCAGGCCCGCGAGAGGGUGUUUAGGCGGAACGGGACUGUGGGCGACAGGGUGUGGGUGAGUAGUGAUAAUCCCGGGGAAGGGGAGUAUGCGCGCGGGGUGGUGGCGGUGAAUAUUGGGCCGAAUAGUACGCUGUUUGUGCUGCCGGCGUGGGAGCGGCAUCCCGGCGUGGCGUAUACCCGGCAGGUGGAGCUGCGACCGACGGUGGUGGCGUUGGUGCAGCCGCGGUUUCCGGCGCCGGUUAGUGAGCUUGAGAAGAGGUUCAUGGCGCGGAUCAAUGCGGCGCAGAAGACCGAGAUGGAGAAUCUGCGGAUGCAGGAUGAGGUGAACGAGGUUAAGGGGUUGGAUGCGGUCUUGAAGAGUGAGAAUGAGAUGCUGGCCAAGACGAGGGACGCCUUGAUGUUUGCGGCGGGUAAUGGUGAUGGGCUGCAAUGGGCUGAGAAGGUGCAGGAACAACGGGAGAGGGCGGGCAAGGCGGAGAGGGCAGCGAAGGAGGCUAGGAGGGAGAGAGAUGAGGUGUUGAAGAAGAAAGAGAGCCUGCAGGAGGAACUGGAAGAGUUACGACUGGAUCUGGCGAAGCUCAAGGCGGGGGAGGCUCACCUACUCAGGGCCGGUCCUGGGUCGACGCCGAUCAGGGUCCACGCCGCUACCCGGCUGCGGCCUGCUCAUCGGCGGGCUGCAUCUGGCCGGACCGUGCUUGCAUUUGCGGCGCUUAGCAUGGUAGCACCGACAUCUGCCGUACUAACGCUGCCGUACACCCCUACUACCAUCCUCCUACCUCCUGAUGCUGCCGCCGGCAGCGGCAUGGCCUACAUCUUCAACCCGAGCGGCGCCAGCCCAAACGCAGUCGACUUCCUCUCCAUCAAUAUCUCCUCCCUGCACGCUUCCUCUCUUCAGCCAACCAAGAUCACCCCUGACCUCCCAUUUCUCAAUUAUAACGCCGGCAACUGCACCACCUUUGCCCCGUCUAUUCUCCGCAAUGGCACCAUCACCGUCUUCGCGGGUGGCUGCUUCGCCGGCUCAGCCUCCUCACUCUGGACCUACGCCCCUGACGCUCACACAUCAGACGCCCAAUGGACCCGCCACGAAAUAAUCCCGUCCACGGCAUGGGACAACGCACAAAGCGGGCCCUACCACCUCGGCGGCAUGAUCAACUUCUCCCCACAGCUCAGCCCCGUCCUUUCGAAACCUACGCUCUACCUGUACGGCGGCAUGUGCCCCUUCCCCAACUCCUCAACCGACACCUGGCAGACAGAAGCAACCUACUCCAACCGCAUGCUUCGCUUGGCCCCAACCACCUCUUCCACCAGUCACAUCCUAGACUACGCCACACCCAAAGGCCAACAACCCCCGGUCGCCGAAGCAGGCUUCACCCUCACCGAACUCACCCCGUCCCUGACCAACCGCACGUCUGACAACGGCGGGGUGGGACGACCGCUCGUCACGCAGCAGACGAGUCACGUCCUGCUCGGCGGCCACACGCAGAGCGCCUUUGUCAACAUGAGCACCGCCGCCGUCUGGUCACUGCCCGAGGAGACGUGGAGUUUUGUCGCCAUUGCUGCGCCGCCGCCUCCUGGUAGCCGCACUGAUCUUGCCGCUGCUCGUCGGGCUGCUGCGAGCGUGGAUAGCCGGUCUGGGCAUACGGCUGUGCUCAGCGAGGACGGGACGAGGUUGGUGGUGUAUGGCGGGUGGGUUGGGGAUGUGAGAACCGCAGCGCAGCCGCAGCUGGCUGUGGUUCGAGUGGGCGUGGGACUGGAAGAUUGGGAGUGGGAAGUUCCAGAACAGCAGGAGCUGAGUGAACGACCGGGUGUGUAUGGACACGGGGCGGUGGUGCUGCCGGGAAAUGUGAUGAUGGUGUACGGCGGCUUUGAGAUUUCGGCUGAGGGUGGGGAAGUCAAGAGGCGGCAGGUGGCGGCAGGUGGAAACAUGUUUUACAAUAUUACCAGCAUGACCUGGUCGGACGAGUAUGUCAGCCCGCUGCGAGGGGGAAGCGGAGGGGACAGUGGGGACGGUAGCACCGGGGGCGGUAGUACCGGCGGGGGAGGCGGCAAUGAUGGCGGUGACUCUUCAGGGGUAACUGAUGACGGCGCUAGCGACAACCCAGAUGACUCGUCACGGAAGAAGCAGAUUGGUCUGGGGAUAGGACUCGGCGUGGGCCUCCUUGUCGUGGCUAUUCUCGGCGCCUUCGGGUUCCUCUGGUUCCGCCGGCGCCAGAGACGCCGCGCAGCGCGACACAAGACAAUCCGGGACUUGGCCCAGGGUGUCAACGGCUCGCUGCCUCGCGGCAUCGGCGAAGACGACGAGAUGCUCGAGCGAGAUCACGGCUUGGGCAUAUUCCCGUGGACUGCUGCCGCGGCGCGCGAGUGGUAUACGGGUGGUCAUGACCCUUACACGCAAGGGCAGCGCUCGCUGGGCUACGAGACUCUCCGCGGAGGCUCAAGGGCUGGUCCCUCACUCUUCAACAACCGGCCAAGAGGCGCCAAGGGGUUGCACCAGCCGAGCACCAGCACCUACGACUUCAUGCCACUUACCCCCGACGAAGACGAAGACGGUGACCUCGGCAAAGGCUACCCCCUGAGACCGGACAAAAUAGAACGCGAAGAUGACCCAUUCGUUACACCUACCCUUCACACCCCAACCGGAGGCUUGUUCUCGCCGCCAAGCAACCACACCAGCCCGCGAAACUCUUCUCCAACUCUCCCCCCGGCCGCAGAACACCCGUCUCAAGGUGCGGGUGGAGGAGGUGGCGAAGGCCAAGAACAGGACCCAGACGUACAAGGCUGGGUCUCAGAUGUUGAGGCACGGCAGAAGCCGGGAACCACGGCAACAGCAACAGUGACAGGAACAGGCCAAGGCGCAACAGGCCGCGUCUCCCCGGUGCGCCGGGGCCCAGGCUCCACCAAAUCGGCGCGGCAUUCCCUUGUCUCGGCACCCACCGAAUCUUCGGGUUCAACCGAUGACGGCCGCACAGCCAGCAACCUCUCGGAGCGGAGCGACUUCAGUUUCGUGCGCGGCUCGGCGGCCGAGGAUAGAGUCCUCCUCUCGCGGCUGCGCACCACUCUGGCCACCACUUCCACUGCCAAUAACGAAAGGGCGGGAAGCAGCAGCGGAAGCUCCUUCUCCGGCAACAGCUACAGCACGGCGCGUUCCAACCUGAACUUUGCCGCACUACAAGCCGAGGGCCCUAGCCUGCUACUCGGGGGCUCUCCGUCCGGCAGCCCAACCACCAGCAAAUUCAGAGCCAGCGCAGCAAAGGACGUGCAUUAUGAGGAAGAGGAUGAGGAUGACUACGUCCAAGUGCCGGGUAGCCCGAGCAAGAGCAAGCCCCGCCGGAGCUGGUUCGGCAGCCUGAAGCGCGUCUUCAGCGGCGGGACAACGCCCGAAUCGGGGAGCCACGCGAGCGGGGAGAGUCCCACGCGGGAGGGGUUGCUUUGGAGCUCUGAUUACGACGGUGGACGGCUGUACGGUGCGGGCCUGCGGGGUCGGAGACAGCAUCAGCAGCAGCAAGGAAGGAAGGAGUGGUUAGGCGAGGGCGGUGGCGGUGGCGGAGAGGAGGAGGAGGAGUGGGAUCUGGACCUGGAGCGGGCGGCCGAGCAGCGGACGGUGCAGAUCAUGUUUACCGUGCCGAAGGAGCCGUUGAGGGUAGUGAAUGCCGAGGUGGAGAGGGAGGAGAGCGUGUUGAUUGUUGAUCCGGACGACGAGGAGGAGGAGAACAGACAGGGUGGUAGCAGUCACCGGGACGAUCACAACAUGUCAUCUGCGGUGAGAGAUGGGGUUUCAAAUCAGGAGGAUGCUCUCUUGACCCCUCCUCGGCCGGAAACUGCGGCUGAAGACGGAGGGAAAGCUGUAAAGAAGCUUACAACUGCCACGCUGGAGCCGCCUGGGGGGUUAUCGCCCUCUUCAUCGCUGCGGGCUUCCUCCAUCACGUCGGCCACGCUGCACACCGCUGAGACAGUGCGGCUGGAGCGGCCGAAGACGCGGGUCCUGGAAAUAGUGGAGAGCAUAGAGUCUCGGAGUUGGGAGAGCAGUCCGGCCGGGAGCCCGGUGAGGGGCUCAUGAGUUCAUCUGAUCCGGGCUGAGCUUGGGCUGGCCGAUUGAUGUAUGUUCCGUGUUUAGAUUUUCGGGAGUCAGGAGCACGACUCGCAAGGAAUCGAAGCUCAGAUCGAAAGCAACCGCUCAUCGCUUCCUAGUUCGUAUGGCCGGCAACUUGACAAUCUAACGACGGUCUGGAUGUACGCGCUUG